CCCGAUGAGGAUUGCCCGGGCUCUUAUGUUCUGGGGAUUACGUGCACAACUAUACAUGACUACUCAGAAAUUCCACUGAGUUUACUGGGACUCCCAGGAUGGGGAACAGUACAUCUGCUGCCACAGACUUCACUAAUACUGCCACUGCUAACCAGAUAAAGGAAACUAUCUCAGACCACUGUGUAGUGAUCUUCUCAAAAACAACAUGUUCCUACUGCAACAUGGCAAAGAAGUUAUUUCAAGAUAUGAAUGUGAAUUACACAGCCAUAGAACUGGACAUGUAUGAAAACGGAAGUCAGUUUCAAGACAUUCUUCAUGAAAUGACUGGUGGCAGGACAGUUCCCAGGAUAUUUAUCAAUGGAAACUUUGUUGGAGGUGCUACAGACACUCAGAGACUUCACCGGGAGGGCAAGCUGCUUCCAUUAGUUCAUCAAUGUCAGAUCCUAAGAGGAGAAAAUUCAGGAAAGCCAUGUAGUCUUCCUUAACCUUCAUAGAACGUCCUUUCUGAGAUUUACUAAGACUGUACAUUUAAUCCUGAAUUCUCCUAACCUCAGAUACUUUGAAUUCAGUACCAUGUAUGUGUUCAUAAUAUGUACAAAAGUGUUUUAACAACUUUGAAAAGCCAGGUAAUUUAUUAAGGUUUAGUCCAUCCUUUGCAGUUAGAUAACAGUCCUGUUUACAAUUAUUAGGGAGCAUUUACCAUUGAAAACAAUGAGACUUGCUUCAGAGUGCAGAUGCACAGGAAUGCACGUGUCUUUCAGACUGUCCUGAAACCACAAGUUUUACUUAGAUAUGAUACUUAACCUUAACCAUUCAUAUGGGGGAAUCCAGAUUAGUUCCACUAAAUGAAAUUAAUGUGAAAAGCUAAUCAUGACUUACGUCCCACUGAUUUUACUUGAGACUAGGGGCAACUAAGGACCCAAUCCUUUGCAUGUUUUGACGGAAAGAAGUCCUACAACUCUCAGGAUUCCCCAGCCCCCAAUACUGGCUCGGGAAUGCUGGGAGUUGCAAGACCUUUUUUCUGUGUAAAUAUGUGUAUGAUUGCGCCCUAACGCAGUCUGGAUCCAAGUCAUUGCACCGGCAUUUUCUGUAUCGCAGAAUUGUUUAAGUGCUUAUUUGAGGCCAUAGUUCUAAAUAGAGCAGUGUUUGGUAACCAAACACUAAGCAGACAAACGCACAAGCAUUAAGAUUAAAGGAAUUCUGUCACAGGGUUAUCCAGUUUAUGGGUCUACUUUAGGAUAGAUGCUUUCUUCACUCGAUUACAGCAGUAUUCUGGGCUCCUGAACAUGGUGCCUGGAGGCACCAUGGCACCUACAGAGGCAUGUCAGGGUGCCCACCAAAUGGUGGCCUCUACUCCAGGACUUGUGCAGGGUCCGGUUCCUUCUCGCUUGGCUUUGAAUAUCUGCACGAGAGUAAGCAUGUAUAGAAUUGCAUCCCUGUGUUCAGUUUCUGGAAACAUUGCUGGUCUUUGAGCCCGUUUGCCUUCUGUGAAAUGGCUGUUUUGUGACUUGCCACAUCCUCCUGUGGCAGCCGUGACUCUUCUUCAAUAUUCCAAAUGGGACCAUCAUCCAAAAAAGGUAGCGGACUCCAUCUAGCCCCUUAGAUGUUGAAGAUAAAUGCAGUAGCCCCCUUACUCCAGUUGCUGUAACAAGGAAUAAAACUGUCUGCACAAA